AUGUCCCUUUUUAGACCAGUGACACACGCCUUGAGAGUGGCGAGAACCCCAAAGACAUUCACCGCCUACAGACUCCCGGCUAUGAAGAAACAAGACUUGAUCAACUAUGGCCAAAAGAGAACCUCGAUUGUAUCGGUCCACAGAGACACUAAGGAAGACAACCCUGAGAUUCCAUUUGAAUUCACAGCCGAAAACAUGGAAAGAGCCAAGGAAAUCAUUGCCAAAUACCCAUCACAAUAUAAGAAAGCCGCCACCAUGCCUUUGUUGGACUUGGGACAACGUCAAUUGGGAUUCACUUCGAUCUCCCUUAUGAACUACGUUGCCAAGCUUGUGGACAUUCCUCCAAUGAGAGUUUAUGAAGUGGCCACUUUCUAUACCAUGUACAUGAGACACCCAAUGGGUAAAUUCAACAUCCAGUGUUGUACCACCACUCCAUGUCAAUUGCGUGGUUCCGACGAUAUCAUGAAGGCCAUUGAAGAUUUCACUAAAGUGCAUCCUGGUGAUACCACUGCCGACAAGUUGUUCACUUUCCAAGAAGUUGAAUGUUUGGGUGCCUGUGCUAACGGUCCAAUGAUGGCUAUCAACGAUGACUUCUAUGAAGACUUGACUUACGAUUCCACAAUUGCCAUUUUGGAAGGGUUCAAGUCUGGUAACAUUCCAAAGCCUGGUCCAGUUUCUGGUAGAAAGACCAUUGAACCAAUCGAAGGUCAAACUACUUUGCUCGGUAAGGAACCAACCGAUAUGAGAAAAUUCACCAGAUCUGACUUGUAA